CGUUUUCCAGCAAGAGACACAGAAGGACACAGUGUAACACAGUGAAUCAUUUCAUUUUUGUUUAACAUUAACAAACAACAAGGAUUAAAUAAUUCACUGUGUUACACUAUGUCAAGUGUGUCUCUUGUUGGUAAACGCUCUGUAUCUAUUGUGUGUUCAACUCAUUGUCAGUGAUUCUAUACUGGAAUACUCAUUCAAAUGGAUGGGAACGAGACGAGCGAGAGGGAAAACAGUGUACAAGUCCCACCUCUUUUUUCGUGUACUAUUUAAUCUGAAAACAUCGACUUGAUCAACAGAGACGAUUAUAUUCAUAACCUCUUUAUAAAAUAGAAAGGAAAGUUGUAAGUUUUAAAUAAAAAUGGGUAGGUGUUGUGCUAUAAAAACUUGCAAGAAUUAUGAUCAAUAUGGUUUAGAAAUUAUUUUUCACAGCUAAUUAAAAAUAUAUGAUAAUUUAACAUAUUUUUUAUAUUUGUAAGAUAUAGUUAGAACAACGUGUUUGAUUAAAUCAAAUUAUAAUUUAUUAUAAUUUUAAAAUAUUAAGAUAGAGUCCAAUUUAUUUGGAUGACUCAAUGAAAUAAAUAAAAUAAUUUUAUUGUUUAGAUUACCAGUUUCUAAUGAAUUACGCCAAAAAUGGUUAAGUACAAUUUCUACGCAUUUAUUGAAAUUAAAUUCUGAAUUAAUACACAUAUGCAGCACACAUUUAUAUAUUACCUUUGCUAGGUUAGUAAAGCUGGAUGUUUGCGGAAAAGAACAUAAAAAGUCGCUGGCUAAUCAAAUGUCACUAGACAGAGAAGAGAAAGGAAUUGUACGCAACCUGUCUCUUUCUUUGGCGUACCCGGCUUUUAAACAUUGGAUCAUAUUGCCGGCGUUGUUGGUUCUGUUGGCGGAACCUUAUUUACCGCUCAUAUUCACUCGUGCUGUCCGCUAUGGAAAAUUUUGUGCAAAGGCCCAUCACCCUCUAAUAGAAAAAAUCGAAAUGCCCAAAAAAUGUUUGGGUCAUUUUUAUCUUCUCUCUGGACCAAUGUUGAUCGUUUUAUUUUAUUUAGCGCUAAAUAAAUACCUUUAUAAUGGAAAUAUACCUGAAAAUCUGCUUUCAUUACUAGAUAUAUUAUUAGGAGCAUCAAGAAAGCCCUUAGGUAUUUAAAAAAUUAAAUUUUUAAAUAUAUAUAUACAGGACGUUCCAAAAUUAUCCGCUUUUCAUUGAUAGAGUCUGUGGAAUAUUCUAACGGUGAAUUCAGUUGAAUGCAUUAAUGUGCAUGGGUGCACCUUAAAGACUGUUUUGUAUAUAAAUUGACAUAAAAGCAUAUGCAUUGCAUAUAAGCGAAUUGGACCGCGAAAUGCUCAAUGUAAUUAAUUAUAUUGUUUAUAAAAAUUUAUAUUGAACUUUUUAUGAAUAAAGAUAUUUAAUAUAAAAGAAAUUUAUAUUCUUAUGUCUAGAUAGAUUAAUGUACAACAAACUUUAAUCUGCAUCAAUACGCAUUAGCAUCCAACUGAAUUCACUAAGACAAAAACUUUUAUACGAAAAUGUUGAAACUAUAAUAAUUUUUAAACAGCAUUUAAAGUUAAUCAAUCGAUUUAUAAAGAAAUUGUA